AUGAGAUCCUAUGUCACCAACCAAUCUAUCAUCAUCACAGGGGCCUCUGUACCAUUUGCAGAGGCCUUUGGCGCUUGCUCCUUAGGUUUCACAGACAGGGCUAUCGCAGUCAACCUGGACUCUCUGGUCUCUGGCAAUUCAACUGAAGCACAGGCUCGGAUAAGCAGCGCUUUCAGCGCUUUCGAUGACCAAAUCGAUGUUUUCAUUAUCGAUGCCAGAACUCAGGAGCCCUCUGGGAGAGAUGCAAUUUGGGAGAUUCCGUUGAGUGAAUGGGAUCAGGGGCACACUUCCAUGGACUGUCAGAGAAAAAUGCUGGUGCACGCAAGAUUGCUCCUUCAGCAUCAAUUCCAGGUCAAUAAGGCGAAGUCUCCUGAGAAUCAAUCAGGGAACGGUUUCUCUAUUGUGGUCCUUGGUUAUCAAGAUCUCUUUGAUUCACUCGACCAAGUCAUUUCUAAGCUCCAAAGAGAUGUCUUACGGCUUCAUCCGGCCGCUUCCGUCAACUUUCUUGACCUCAGUGCCUCACGUGGGGCUUCUACACAGUCAAUAGUUGCAGCAACUGCGAUACUAGUCUCAGCGAAACCCGCCCGUGGAAUAAUUUCACUCGGCGAUAUCGCAACUGUUAACAGAACCGAGAAGAAAAACCCUAAUUCCAUUGCUCAGAAUACCCAGCUUUGUGCAAAUCUCUCUCUCCAUCAGAAGCCAAAGGUCAAAAUUGCCUUGUCGUUUGACUUUGACGCGGUCUCUGCCUUCCUAGGGACAGGACAUCAUCCAGACAAUAAUAUGGCCGACUACAGCACCGGCAUAUUCUCCGGUCGAGUUGGUGCCAAUCGGAUAUUACGCAUGUUACAAAAACAUCAUGUAGCUGAUAAAGUGACUUGGUUCAUCCCCGGACACACAAUGGAAACCUUCGAACCAACCGUGAAGGAAAUUAUCAAGUCUGGCGCCGAGAUUGGCCUUCAUGGUUAUUCGCACGAAGGAGCCUACCAAAUGACACCAGCUCAAGAACGAGACGUGCUAGUGAAGUGCAUGGAAGUGUCGCAGCGACUAACAGGCAAAAAGGUGCGAGGCUACCGCGCGCCCAUGUACCAGCUACGCGAGACAACAAUCGAGCUUCUGAAAGAGUUUGAAUUCCUAUAUGACUCCUCUCUGAGUCACCAUGACUCACAGCCAUAUUUCACACCCAACGACCCGCCUAUCAAACCAGUGGAUUUCUCCCAGCCGGCUAGCGCUUGGUUGCACCCUACGCCCCUUUCUGCGACGAAUGCGCGUCCCGUCGGCCAUCCACUUGUGGAGAUUCCUACCGGCUGGAAUAAUGAGGAUAUGAUGGCGAUGCAGUACUUCCCACAUCUAGAUAAUACCCAAGGGUAUGUUGAUGUACGCGUUGUUGAGCAGAGAUGGAAGGAUAUGUUUUUGUGGCUGUGGGAGAAUGCCCAUGUUGACGGAGGGGAUGGCAGCUUUGUGUUCCCCAUUUUGAUGCAUCCUGAUACUAGUGGCAUGCUUCAUGUGAUCGGGAUGGUUGAUCGUUUUGUGGGGUGGCUUCGGGGAUGGGGUGAUGCGGUUCAGUUUUGCACUUUUGAGAGUAUCACACAGGAGUGGUUAGAAGAGCAACUGAAGGCCAAAUGA